AUGGGUGGCCCAGAGACCACAUUACUGCUGCUACAGCAGCAGCACGCGCUUCCAUCCCCUGAAAGCGUCGGCAAAGCUCUUGAGGGUACGAAGGGGUAUGCCAACAUGGAAAGCCACCAGAGCAAGCCUAUUAGAGACAAGGAAGGCUCAGCUCCUACACAGCAGCAGGAGCAGGAGGAGAAACAGCAGACAAAGGAGGGAAUAGUGAAGUUGGAGGCAUUGCCUACUAUUACCAAGCGCUUUGGCCACUCAUGCAACAGUAGCAGCAGUAGAAAGAACAAUAGCAGCAGCAGCGGCAGCAGUGAGCAGGGCCGCAACAAUGGACAAAGCACAUGUGAACUCAGUGCAGCAAACGAAGGCAGCCACAGUCUAGCUGCCCCCACUCUCCCGCCGUCAGCAGCAGCAGCAUCAACAACAGCAUUGACGACAACAGUGGCACCCGCACCAGCCGUAGCAGCACUCACUCUAGAGCAAAGUGCAGCGGCUCUCCGCAACAAGCUUUCUUCCUCCUCAGUAGCCGCUGGAGCGCAAGCUGAAGCAGCAGCAGAAGCGGCGACAACACAGCCACUUGAGGCAACAGCAGCCGCUGAAGAACCAAGUCGGGAAGGUCCUCCAGCAGCAGGGGAAGCCAAGGCAGCCGCAUCUGCAUCUGCAUCAGCGGCUGACGGCGCUGCUGCUCACGUGAUGUGCAGAGCUGCCGAGGGGCUGGUAGAGCUUCCGGAGGCAGCCAGUGGCUCCUGCUGCGUUUCUGCAGCCUCUUCUGCUCCUCGAAGGCGCAGUAGAUGGAGGAAAGCUAGGAAAGCCAGCUGUUUCACCAGCACCAAGUGCAACCUAGGCUGCGGCCAAUCAAUAGAGCGUUGCUGCUGCAAUCGUGACGAUCGCUCUGCGCGAGAUUUGUGCAACAGCAGGAGACAUGACAAUAACAGCAGCAACGACAGCAGCAAAAGCAGCACAUACAGCUGCCCUUCCGGUCCUCAGGCGAAGCUCUCUAUUUGGCAUCGCUGCAAAGACAAGCUGCACAGGCACCGCGUACGGCUUGGAGCGUCUACAAGCCGUCGCAGCAGCAUAACCCGCAGCAUAACUACUGCUGCUGGCGCUGCUGCUCCGCCUACUCGGGAAACCGAACGGUCACCUCUAGAAGGAGAUCCACUUCUGCUACCUGGUGCUGCACCCACUAUUGCUGCUGCUUCUCCCGUCUGUGCUGCUAUUGCCGAAGGCUGUAAUGACCCCUUGGCUAAGGACCAUCGCCAGCAGCAGCAGGAGAAGGAGCGGCAGUGUACUGAAAGUGCAGAUGCCAAGCAUAGAGGCGUUGCAGGCAAUAGUUCGGGUCUUGCUGUUUCACCUUUCGGUGCGGAAAGUGCCAUCAACAGCAAAAGAUGCCUCGUAAACGCCUCUCCUGUAUCUGCUACAGCAGCUUGUGAGGCUGAACAAAAUCAGGAGGCUCAACAAGAGCAAAAACAGCAGCAGCAGUCAGAACCGUCACAGCAGCAGCGACAGCAGCAGCUGCCCAGUAUUACUGAAGGAGGACCUGGGGCAGCAAUACCUGGCAGCACUUGCAGCACCACUCUGACCAAUCAGGGCUCCUCGCCCGCUGUACUAUUGGCGCAAAGACAAAGGAAGACAGACAUCGUUUCAGUGGAAGUGCAGCGCCUAGGUCCGCAGCUACUUCCUCCUGGCACUAGAAGUGGUACUGAUGGUGUAGCCCUAGAAAGAAUGGAAUGCCAUGCUGCAGAAGAAAGCCACAGAAAGGUUUGGUUUGUGCCACCUCUCUGCUGCCUCGCCUGGAAUACAAAGCCCAGGCCAUUCUCGGCGUGGGACCUGCGCAUGAGUUACCGUUGCUUGCUGCCCUUCACCGUGCUGAAGUUGCUGCGAGUGCUGCUGUGUUAUUUACUGCCAACACUGAUGCACCUUGGAAACGAGAGAGAUAGGACGCCGGGGGAAGCAGGGGCUGUUAGUGGCGGCGCCGUGGACACUGCUGCUUCCGCUCUUGGAGAGAAUGGACAACAGCAUCUACUGCAGCGAUUGCUGCAGCUCUGCUGCUUCUUUUCUCUCGUACUCGCUAUGUGGGGCCUUGCAGUGGUGUUUGUCGCCACAAGACCUCUCCUGAAGCCUUUCAACAUCGGCUGGAAGUUUACUUGCUUGAAGGCCCUCGUUCUUUUCAUACAACUGCUAGAACUUGCUGCGGAGGCAUUCCAACCCAAAUCUCGCACUGCUGUACCCGCUGACGACGAUGCCGCAGCAGCAACUGCAGCAGCAACAGCUGCAGCACAGAGAGUGUACGUCUUCACCUUUCUUGAGCUCCUGGGAUCCGCCGUGUGUGCAGUGAUGGCUACAUGGGCAUACAAGCCCGGGGAUUUGCUGGAUGCACACCGUCGCUUAGUACUGCUGCAGCAACAGCUCCCCAAAGACGCGACAGUAGACAUUGGAGGCAGCAACAGCUGCAGGAACAGAAAGUGCAGCAGCAACAGAAGCAGCGGGAGAUUUAAUUUGGUGAUUCCCGGCAAGUUCGCUACCGCACGGAAGAGGUGCAACUUCAGAAGCAUCUGGAGACGAAAUGUGCAAACUAAAAGUGCAGAAGCUAACCUUAAGGACCACUGCAGGCAGGUCGCAGAGUCCCCUUAG